AUGAAGCUCCUUGCCGACCAGGGUGCCGCCAGCUUCGACAAGGUCGCCCAGUGCUACAGUGGCCCAGAGCAGAGCGUGUGGGAGCUCGUCAUGGGCAAGCAGAUCGACAUCGGCGGGGCUUCCUCGACGAUGGAGGUUGCACAAAAAGCCGGCGUCGGCCCAGGCAUGAAGGGUGUGGACCUGAACUGCAACAACGGCGGCGGCAUGCGCUGCCUGGUGCGCCUCUGCGGUGUUGAUCAGAUGGUGGGCGUCGACCUGACGAAGUCCGUGGUGGAGACCGGCCGUGUCCGCACAAAAGAGGAAGGCCUCGAUGGGAAGAUCAGUUUCAUCUGCGCGAACUCCUUGGAGAACGGCCUUCCAGAUGCCUCGGCAGACUUCGUCUACAGCAAGGAUGCUUGGUGCUACAUGCCCGACAAGCAGCUCAUCGUGGAUCAGACUGCUCGCAUCGUGAAGCCAGGAGGCAAGAUCUUGUUCACCGACUGGAUGGAGGGUGAGAACCUUUCGGAGGAGGAGGCGCAGCGCUUCCUGGGGCUGAUGACCUUCCCAGCCAUUCCGACGGUGCCGGAGUAUGCCGCGAUGUUGGAGAAGGCCGGUUGCACGGUGCAGGUCGCCCAGAAUAGCGGCCGCUUUUCGCCGGCAAUGGGCUGCUACACUUACAUGCUGAAGCACCAGGCCGUGUACGAUGCCAAGAAGCUCCUGGGCUGGGACGAGAAGGCGUACGAGAAGCUGAUCUCGGACUUCGAGUUCAUGGCAAAGUUGGCCAAGGAGGGCAAGAUCAUCCAGGGCAUGUUCGUGGCAACCAAGAAGUGA